AUGUCCAGCGACAAGAUGAAAGCAGUGCACUACGAGGGUCCAUUCAAGGUCUCAGUCAAGGACGUCGAGCUGCCUAAGAUACAGCAUCCAGAUGAUGUGAUUGUCAAGGUUACGACAGCGGCGAUUUGCGGAGUAAACCCAGGCUUCGCCGGCGGAGCUUACGGCUACGUAGCCAUGGGCCCGUAUCAAGGCGGCCAAGCGCAAUACCUCCGCGUCCCCUUCGCCGACUUCAACGCCCUGAAGCUGCCCAAAGGAACCGAGCACGAAGCCGACUUCAUACUACUAGCAGAUAUAUUCCCAACGGGCUGGCAUGGGCUGGUCCUCGCUGGUUUCCAGUCCGGCGAAAGCGUCGCGGUGUUCGGUGCAGGUCCUGUUGGUCUCAUGGCAGCGUAUAGCGGUAUCCUACGAGGUGCAAGCAAGGUCUUCGUAGUCGACACAGUGCCUGAGCGACUGCAAGCUGCGGAGAAGAUCGGAUGCAUUCCUAUUGACUUCAGGAAGAGCGACCCGGUUGAGCAGAUCAUCAAGCUCAAUGACGGCAUGGUGGAUCGCGCGGUCGACGCGGUCGGGUAUCAAGCCGUGGACGCGUCGGGUAGCAAGGAGAAGCCAAACGUUGUCCUCGACCAAUUGAUCAUGGUGACCCGGCCAACGGGAGGCUUGGGUAUUCCAGGUUUGUAUGUUCCGGCCGACCCAGGAGCCCCAGAUGAGCAGAGCAAGAAGGGCCAAAUUUUGAUCUCGUUCGGCAAGCUAUUCGAAAAGGGCUUGCAUCUUGGCACCGGGCAGUGUAAUGUGAAGGCGUACAACAGGUAUCUUCGCGACAUGAUUGUAUCGGGCAAGGCUAAGCCGAGCUUCGUUGUGUCGCACGAGAUCAACAUCGACGACGCGCCGACGGCAUACGAGAAGUUUGACAAGAGGAUCGAGGGGUAUACGAAGGUGUUGAUCCAUCCGAAUGGAGCUCUGAACUAG